UCUUAGUCUUACCAUUGUUACGAGCACCACUCCCUCUCUCUCAUCGCCGUUCUUUAAAGUCAGCUUGCUUGUCCUCCCUUCUGAAAUCUUGUCGUUGCUGCUGCUUCUUCUUCUUCUUAUUCUUAUUCUUUGCUUUUCAUUCUUUCGUUUUCUUUUCUUGUUCUUCAACAUGCCGCUUCCGUGGAAGAAGACCAAGAUCACUCACUUCUCCCAAAUCGUCGCCGAUCUUCAGUCUGCCAAACAUGGCGGCUCUCUUGUCGUUGAAACCGGCUUUCCCACUUCCCUCAUUGACCUCUUCGUCAAGAAUCGAAGCCGUUUCCAGAAACGGAACUCUAAGAAACACCUCCCGAUGGAGAUCUCUGAUCCUCAACCUCUACUGCCAGCUCCUCCGCCGUCGCCGUCGAGUCUAGCUACUAGUCUGAAGGUUUCUCCCGUAAGGUUCGUUUGUGAAACCGUUCGCGAAGACAUUCUUGAAGGUGAGAAUUCAGUUUGCAGUUUUAUCCCGGUCGGCGAAUGCCGUGAGGUAUUCGAUCCGAUGCCAUCAAGGACGCCUUCGAAUUCAGCAGAUAUUAUGAAGGUUUCUGUUGAGACGAGGGACUCAGAGGUUCACCUGAGCUCGUCGGUUCCGAAAGACGUUCAUAAACACAUCAAUGGUGUUGAUGAUUCGGGUCGGGUUCUUGAUCGGGUUUGCAAGUCCAAACCAAAUAUGGUUCUGGCUACCGUUUUGAAUUUGAUUGCGAUGCUGGUUUUAAUUUUGUCGGUCAAGAAGCUAAUUGUUGGGAUUAUUUUGUCCGCAUUUUUGUUACUAUUAUUUGAAUUUGUUGGAAAACGUACGGCUUCUUGCUUGAAUCUGAAGCCAUGUCGGAGUACAAACAAGGAAUCCAGAUCUCUGGUCUCAAGAGUUUCAUGUUCAUUUUGGUUUCAAGCAGAGAAAAUGCAGAAUUAUACAGUUUCAGAACAAAAAUCGUUAGUUCAUGAAGGGGCCGCCGAUGAAUUGUGCCCUGCUUGUCCGUCAAUUGAAGAAAUCGAAGUAGUUCAAGCCACAGGGAGUGAGAUAGAUAUACGCAGUGAACUCAAUUCUAUCAACAGAGACCAGAAAUUGGUUUGUCCAGAAAUUGAAGAAGACGAGCCCAAGAGGGAAGUAGCAGAUGAAUGUAAACUUUCUGAAGGUAGAAGAAAAGGUAAAGAUAGGGCCGAAUUAAAAUCCAAAAUGAUGACGAUCCUUGUGCCUAGGAAGUUGAGAGCCACAAAAAAGAAGAAAGAAAAGAAAAGCAAAAGCAAAAGUGAAGUUUUGAGCUCCAUGGAAGGAGUAAAAUCAACAAGUUUUGAGAUAGAAGAUCAAGAAAACGUGAUCCAAAGAGGUAAACUGGUGUGUGUAGAAGAAGAGGAGAAGGCUGAUUACGGAACAUCUUGUUCCAUGGUUGAAUCUGGAAGAACAAACAGUGCUGGGAAUUCAGAAUGUAUUCUAAUAAUUCUUAUUGCUCUUUUUGGGCUUGUAGGAGGAAGAACCUUGGGAGUUUUAUUUACAAUGGCUGGUUGUUUUAUGAUAAAAAUGUUGAAGAGAAGACUAGAGGGAGAUCACUGAAUAAUUUAGUGGUAAAAGAGCGUGAAAAUUAAGUGGAGUUUCGCGAAAACUUGACCCCAAUUUCCUUUGUUCUUUAGGUUUUUCUUUGGCAUAAUCGUAGUUGCUUGCGUAUACAAUUGGUGAAGUUUCUUGUAACUCUAAACAUUUGUUGGGAAUCCAACGUGGUGCUCGUAUUGUAUACUCAAACCUAAAUUCAUAGAUACUUUCUUUAUAUUAUUUGUUUUA